AUAUAUUUUUGUGACUUUAUUUCUCAAGGUGGAUGGCUUUUGAUCUCAAAUAUCAUCCUACCAAAUCCAGUCAGCAUUCCAUCACUGACUUUGCGAACAUCAUAUCGUGACAUUGCCAAUUACAAUAAUAACAAAACCGUCAUUUCAGCAACUGCAUUGAGACAACUUCGUCAGUACAUCAAUUUUACCCAGCUAAGAUUUCAAUGCCAUAGAGCAGUCCCCGGUCGCACUGUUAACGUGAUCACAGCAGCAAACUCCGAAGGCUACGAUGCUGUAGAUUUCUUCACUGGAGUUUCUAAUAUUCGYCCUCAGGCGUGUCAGUCAUACUACCGAGGGACCGGAGACAAUUCCCAGGUCGCCGGACAGUGUGCUCAGUGGGGUYAGGGGUCAGGAAAAUGGGGCAGUGGGGAAGUAGGUGGCAUAAAUGAAUGGCGGCUUAUUGACCAUCCACUUUAUGUGCAUGGAAUAUACCACUGGUUAGUAGCAACAUCACUCUCUCGAAUAGAAUGCGACAAUGCAUUUGAUAGUGCUUUGAAUCCUGGUGAUUACUGGAAGAUCUACGUGCGUUAGUUACGACUGGAUGUUUUUGAGAAAUAAAAACAGCGUUUCAGUGGUUGAUUGCUGAUAAUUAUCUUCAAAGGAUUUUGCACCGAAGUUGUCUCUUCGUUCAACCGUUACGAUGAAAUUACGUACGCCCCCUAGAAAAAGAUAAGUUGAACUCAAUAUUGCUAUAAACGUCACRCCACUCGAAUCUGACUCCAGGCCCACUUGUUUGUUCUCGUCACCAUGACGGCGUCACGCACAGGAAAAUGAAGGAAUCCAUUUCUUAAUCAUAAAAAGUAACUAUAGACAGGUAAAAUUGG